UGAGAUUUCAGCGCACUCUCUCUCAGAGUGAGGAUGAAUGCCCUGGAACUACUGAGGGAGACAAAGCACCUGGUGGCCACUUGAUCCCCCCCUUAGCCUAGGCGAGCGGGGCUAGCAUGCUGCGUUAGCCUCAAGUGCCCUGUGCUGUGCCACGUGUGGGCUGCCGCCGCCGCCGCCGCUGUUUUGUGUCUUUGGCCAAGUUUGAAAGAGCGAGCAAAGUGUGUGCUGCAGACACAGGAGGGGCGCAGAGUAGGGAGGUCCCAGACUAGCACUGUCUGUGAUGAAGAUGAGGGGCUGCACGCAGUAAGAGCGGCACUCUAACGCGCACUCUGAGCUACUGUCUGCAUCGCCUGGCUCUCUCUCCUCUCUAGCUCGCAUUGGCAAUGACAGCUGUCGCUUACAGUGACUUCGUUGCUGCUCAGUGUCUGGUGUCUAUUUCUAAUCGCAAAGCGGUGCCGCCACAGGAGGAAGUCGAGGGGCCCCUGUACUCGGCGCUGGACAGCCGCCCAACACCUGCACACUCGCCUGCGCUACACCUGAGGAACAUGCCUGAGCAAGAGGCAGCGCUGCACCUGCCCGAGCCGGGGCCGAACAAGGAACACCACGACGGGCCGGGGGAAGCGUGGAAGGAUUAUUGUACUCUGCUAACUAUAGCCAAGAGCUUGCUGGAGUUGAACAAGUACCGUCCCUUGCCUUCCCCUGCCUACAGUCACAGUGAUGAGGAAUUGUGCUCGGACAGCGACGUGACCACAGAGUCCGGCCUCAGCUUCAGCCCCUCACACAGCCCGGGCAGCUGCAGUAGCAGCACUACUCCCAGCCAUAUGGACUACAGCCCCGAACCCGGCUCCACGCAACCACUCCCACUCACCCAGGACGCGCCCAAAUCCCCGACACGCCCACUCGGCAAGGACACCGCCCCGGUCAGGUCAACCAAUGAAAAAAGGCACAGGUGUCCUUAUGCUGGGUGUGGCAAAGUUUAUGGGAAGUCUUCCCACCUUAAAGCCCAUUACAGAGUCCAUACAGGUGAACGCCCUUUUCCGUGUACGUGGCCUGACUGCCUUAAGAAGUUUUCUCGUUCCGAUGAGUUGACUCGCCACUACAGAACCCAUACGGGUGAGAAGCAGUUCCGAUGUCCACUCUGCGAGAAGAGGUUCAUGAGGAGUGAUCACUUGACCAAACAUGCACGUCGCCACACCGACUUCCAUCCUAGCAUGAUCAAAAGGUCCAAAAGGUCCAAUUCAUCAUUCACCUGAAUCUGGGAGUAUAUAGUUCGAGUAGCAAAGCUGUUCAA